AUGAAGAGCGAACUACGGAACGGAGAUUCGCCAUGGCUACAAGCCAAAAGGUCGUGCCUCGGUCGUCUCUCGGGUUUAGAGGUGUUCCUCUUUCUGCUUGUCUUAUUAUUGUUGCUCGUUCUUGGAGCUGUAUUGUUUUGUUGGUUGAUAUUGCUAGAGGGAUAUCGAACGUUCAAUGAAGGUCUCCCAUUCUAUGCAGCCUCGUUCGAGAAUUCAUCCGUUGGUGUGGAUCGAACGGCAACGAAUCACAAUGGUGUUGUAUGUACAUCACGAGCAUGUGUCACAAUAGCUGGAUUUCUUGCUGGAAAUCUUAACGACAAGGUAAGUAGAAACUCUAGCAAAAUCUAG